CUAAUUCUCAAGGGAACUUGUUUCAAUACCCAAUUCUAUUGUGUGAGCUUGCAUAACAUCGUCACCUCAUAGUGUCGACAUGGGUUGCCAAGAAGAACUCUUGAUAGAAAAAAUCUGCAGCUUCUAUGAUCAAAUCUCAAGUCUUGAGAGUCUCAAACCAUCCAAAGAUGUCGACAUGCUCUUCACACAGCUUGUUCUCACGUGCAUUCCACCAAAUCCUAUUGAUGUUAGCAAACUCUCCAAGAAAAUCCAAGAAAUGAGGUCUAAGCUCAUUAGACUCUGUGGAGAAGCUGAAGGUCACUUAGAGAAUCAUUUCUCUACCAUCUUGGGUUCUUUUGAAAACCCUCUUGAUCAUCUCAACAUAUUCCCUUAUUACUCGAACUAUCUCAAGCUUAGCCACCUUGAGUUCACCAUCCUUAAUCAGCAUUACCCUCAUGUCCCUAGCCAAGUUGCGUUUGUGGGUUCUGGUCCUCUUCCCUUAACUUCAAUUGUUCUGGCUUGUAAUCACCUCACCACCACCACUUUUCACAACUAUGAUAUUGACCCAUCAGCCAAUUCUAAAGCCAUUCGCUUGGUCUCGUCUCAUCCUGAUGUCUCCAAACGAUUCUUCUUUCACACAACUGAUAUCUUGAAUGUUGGCAAUGGGCUGAAAGAGUUUGAUGUAGUUUUCUUGGCAGCUCUUGUUGGUAUGGACAAGGAAGAAAAGAUUAAGGUCAUUAAUCACUUGGCUAAGUACAUGGCUCCUGGGGCUAUUUUAAUGCUGAGGAGUGCUCAUGGUGCUAGGGCUUUUUUGUACCCAGUGGUGGAUCCUUGUGAACUCGUUGGAUUUGAGGUUCUUUCUGUGUUUCAUCCUACUGAUGAAGUCAUAAAUUCAGUUGUUAUCGCUCGUAAGCAUCAAAUGUCUAUACAAUCAUCACCAAUAGAUCAUCACCAAACUCUUGUCCCUAAUAUAAUACAGCUGCCUACCAAAUGUUCUGAGAUCGAAGCUUUCAAUCCCCUUAACCAUGGAAACAUGGGUGAGGAAUUGGCCAUUGAGGAGCAACUCUAAUAAAAUUCUCUCAUCCCUCUCCCUCUCCCUCUCUUUCUCUAUCUCUGUCGAGAGAAUCUUCAUGGAGACUGGAUCUUUAUAUGUAGUAUCUUGUAUCAGGAUCAUGAAUGUCUAACAUAGACCGGAUCGGAUUUAGUUUUGGAUAGUUUAUGUUAAGUGUUUUCUUGUUUUUUUAAUAACAACAAAGAUAAAGAGUCACCGGAUUCUUCUUA